UGCGCAUGCGUGUCGUCAGAGCUGGACCGUGAUUACGCUGAACGCAUAUUUAUUCAUUCGUUUGUUACAUUUUUCUCUAAUAUUCACAUGUAGUGUUGCUUCCUGUAAAAUACGUUUUUUUUAACUCGUAAUGUGUUACAUGAAACUAUAAAUAUUACGCACACGGGAAACCCCUUUUCCUAUUUUUUAAAUAAACUACAACUCCCAUGAAGCACCUGGAACAAGGAAGAGCGAAAUCUCGGAUUCAGACGUGUUCAGCUGAAACCGGAGUUUGUGUGAAAGCACAAGAAGUCGGACACACAAACCGCUGCCGUAAUGCAAACAUGCUCCGUUCAUUGUCCCGUUUGAUUAAGUGACACAUCUUCCACCGAGUUUUUCCCGCCGUGAACACCAUGGGGCCCGUGUUUGCCGUUGUUCUUGUUUUUGUCGGCUGUUGUAGCAAUGUGGUGUUUCUGGAGCUGCUUGUGAGAGAUUUUCCAGGAUGUGGCAACAUAGUCACCUUUGCUCAGUUUGUCUUCAUCGCAUUGGAAGGUUUCAUCUUUGAAACAAACUUUGGACGCAAGAAACCAGCAAUACCUAUUAGUAACUAUGUGAUCAUGGUGACCAUGUUCUUCACUGUCAGUGUGAUCAACAACUACGCUCUCAACUUCAACAUCGCCAUGCCUCUACACAUGAUCUUUAGAUCAGGAUCACUAAUCGCUAACAUGAUCCUGGGAAUAAUCAUCCUGAAGAAAAGAUAUUCGGCCAGCAAAUAUCUGUCUAUAGCCUUAGUUUCUGCAGGUAUCUUCAUCUGCACCAUCAUGUCUGCCAAACAAGUGAAUGUGUCAAAUGAGGGUUCAGAAGACCAAGGCUUUUACAACUUUAUGCAUUGGCUUAUAGGUAUCGCCAUGUUGACCUUUGCCCUGCUGAUGUCUGCGAGGAUGGGCAUUUUUCAGGAGACUCUGUACAAGAAGUAUGGAAAACACUCCAAAGAGGCGCUCUUCUACAAUCACUGCCUGCCUCUGCCGGGCUUCCUGCUUCUCUCUACAAAUAUCUACAACCACUGCGUCCUCUUCAGUCAGAGCACUCCCACGCUGAUUCCUGGGGUCGAACUGACCGUGCCGAUAAUGUGGAUCUACCUGCUGAUCAAUGUCAUCACACAGUACGUUUGCAUCCGUGGUGUUUUCAUCCUGACCACCGAGUGCGCCUCACUGACGGUCACGCUGGUGGUGACGCUCAGGAAGUUUCUCAGCCUCAUCUUCUCCAUCAUUUAUUUCCAAAACCCCUUCACCACCUGGCACUGGGUGGGGACGGCCGUGGUCUUCGUCGGUACUCUUCUGUACACGGAGGUGUGGAGCAGCGUGCGGGCGGCUCUACGGGGACCCGACGCCAAAGAGAAGAAGGCAGAGUGACGAACCAGAGACUGGCGGUGGACAGAAAAUCAGUUAUCGUGUUGGACGUAGAGUGAUGUUGUUAUCCCGCAGCAGUUUUAGGGUCAUUUAGACUUAUACUUGAUUACACGGUGCUCAGUCAUACACCACCUGAACAGUUUAAAGGAUGGUGGUGUUCUGCAUUUUUAUUGUUGUCAGCAAAUCCCAUGAACAGAUCAAAUCCAGCAGAUUAUUAAAAAUCAGCGCAGAUUUAUUGCUAGGAGCUUUUUGAGUCAGUUGAGCCAGAUCUCAUUCAUGAUGGAUUUAUUUAUUUUAAUUCCACGUGUGAAUGAAUCUGUGUUUUGUCUGUCUGUGCUCUCUGACUCCAAGCACCAAGCCCAUUCGCUGUGACUGAAGAUGUAGAUCUCUAAAACCAGCUAUAGUCAAUAUUUUUACACUACUUGAUCACGUGACUACUUGAUUAUGGUGAUGAACCCACAGAGAGUUUUCACCCUCUCUCCAGGCCCAAAGAGAUACAUGCCAUCAUUUACCCCAGAACUUGUUUUUCUUGUGCUUGAUUGCAGAAAGUUGUAAAAACGACCUACUGUGAGCUUCCUGUCAAGCAUUUUACCACAAACUUGAAGAGUGAUUAUUAGUCUUUUUUUUUUUUCCAUACAAAAUCCAUAAACAUUCCUUGUUUCCGCUUGACAGACUCUAGGUAAAGAUGUUUUCAGUGUUUAAUCUGUUAUAAUUAUAAUGAUAGAUUUGAAGGGGAAAGAAAUAUGUUUGCAGCAUGUAUAUGCUGUGUCGACAAAACGUCAGAUUUUCACACUUAGUCCCACUUUUCCAGCCGGUGUCAUUUAACGAAAUCAUUUCUGAAUACAGCUGGAGACUGUUUUUAUCAGGACGAGUUCAUAUUUUAUUUUGUAGGUACUGUUCGAAGUGUGUGAUUGGGGGUCUGGUGAGAGCUUUGUCAGCCAGUGCAACAGUGUGGGUCAGUGUUGUGUUGUAAUACUUUGGCUACACAGAUUCUGAGUUUGGUCUUUAUUUUGGAUUUGCUAACAAUAGGAAAAAUACGAAUACUCUCAUACUUAGGUGUUUUAACAUUAGUACCUCAUUAUGGUGCGUUCACAGACACAAAUUCAGU